AUGGGUUUAUUCUUGAGUCACUUAUAUAAUGUUAUUGCGUCAUUUGGAACAGAAAAUUCACGAAUUUUAAUGUUAGGACUGGAUGCAGCUGGAAAAACUACGAUUUUAUACAAAAUUAAAUUAAAUGAAAACGUACAAACGAUACCAACGAUAGGUUUUAAUGUGGAAACAGUCUCACCAGCUCCUGGUAUCUCAUUCACUGUGUGGGAUGUUGGUGGACAAGAUAAAAUUCGCCCACUAUGGAUGCAUUAUUUUCAAGGUACACAUGGUCUGUUGUACGUUAUAGACAGUAGUGAUCGCGAACGAAUACAGGAAGCAAGAGACGAACUAUUUGGAGUAAUAAAUAAUGAAAAUAUGUCAAAAGUACCAUUUGUAAUUAUUGCCAAUAAAUCUGAUUUACCAACAGCAUUAAAUUGUUCAGAAUUAAUUGAGGAAUUAAAUCUACAUUCAGUAUCAAAACGUCGAUGGUAUAUUCAAUCAGCAUGUGCCAUUAAUGGAGAUGGUAUAUGCGAAGCGAUGCAACAAAUGGCAAAAAUGGUCAAAGAUCAACGAAAAUACACUUCAACAUGA